UUAAUAUAAAAAGAUACAAGACUGGCUGAGGAAAAAUGAAUGAGGUAGACACCGCUACAACAAUAGAUUGCAUGCAAUUAAAAUUAUUGCUUUUAUCGAGAUCCAAACAAGAAUCCGGAGAUGGCCCAGUACUGACUACUAAAUUAAUAUUAAAUGUCAGAACUAACAUUUGCACGAAGGGCAAAUGUAAAUUAUAUAAUAAUGGCAAACAUCAACGGAUUUCCAACUACAAUUACAACAAAAUGAUAAAUGCAUACACAAAUAUUAACGACCGUCUAGACAAUCUAACAAAUGAAAUAAUAAAUGAAUGGGCCUAUAAAACUAAAGAUGAAAAAACAAAUAUCAAAUUCAUAAAAUUCGUCAAAGCAACAGCCAAUGAAUUGGAAGUCAAAAAAGACUCAAGCAUUGAAAAAUAUAAACCAAUAGAAACAGUCUUCACCAGGAUUGACGAAAUGGCCGAAGAAAACAGCAAUAAAGCUAGGAAAAAGGAAGCGACAUCUGCACCAGGACAGAAGAUCACAGAAUCAGCUAAACACAGAAUGACUUAUGGCGAUAUCAACUAUCUAGGAUCUAACAAGGCAUUUUUCUACUUUGAUAGAGGUAUAAGAGACUGUAAAUGUGAUUCAUCAAAUCAGCAUAAUGAGAUGUUUCCACACUACCGAGAAACCUGUGCCGUUGGGCUUACGUGCCCUGCAAGGCUCAGCACAACAGAAAGGAUGUCUUACAUAAGAGAAAAAACGCAACAACAGAUAGAUUUAUGACAGCAAGACAAAUGUUGGUAAGGAGAUGGUGAAACUAAAGUGCAAUGAUUUUAAAUUAUUAAAUUAUAGAUAUACAAAAAAAAAAUUAAGACAAUACAAAAUAUAGAAUCUCAAA